CUUCUCCCCACAAAACAAACCCUCAUCUCUGAGAGUUCCCGCACCAGAAAGAAAACCGUCCUCGUCCACUCUUUUACACACCCCCUCCGUCAAUGUCAAAGCUGUGAAAAACACGUUAGGCGCAGCCCAUUUAAGCAAACAAGCUACCGAGUUUCAGUGACCGAGCUGGCCAUGGAUUCUUUGACAGCAAAGGGCUCUUUCUUUGUAUCUAAAUUGUCUUCCUCUUCUUCUUCUAACAGUUCAACAGUUCUUGUCUCGACUCGACCUCGACUAUGUUCUUCAGUUAGUUUUCGAAGAAACAAGGAGAAGUACUGUAAUAAAGGGAGGUUAGGCUUUAGAGUUAAAGCUUACGAUUCUUCCAAGGACGACUCUUCUUCUAAUAAUAAAUCUGGUGAUGCCAAGCCCCCUAAUGGCAGUGUGCAGCCAAAGAACAGGAGGGAAAUUCUAUUGGAAUAUGUCAAAAAUGUGCAGCCUGAGUUUAUGGAGCUUUUUGUAAAGCGAGCACCACCGCAGGUAGUUGAUGCGAUGCGACAGACAGUGACUAAUAUGAUUGGGACGCUACCUCCACAGUUUUUCGCUGUAACAAUUACAACUGUAGCUGAAAAUCUUGCGCAGCUCAUGUAUAGUGUUAUGAUGACGGGCUAUAUGUUCAAGAAUGCACAACACCGGCUGGAGUUGCAACAAAGUUUGGAGCAGGUUGCACUUCCUGAUGCACAAGAAGAAAAGAAGGAUGAGCCAGAUUAUGCACCUGGUACACAGAAGAAUGUGUCUGGUGAAGUUAUUAGGUGGAAUAAUGUUUCUGGUGCUGAAAGAAUUGAUGCUAAAAAAUACAUCGAGUUACUUGAAGCGGAAAUAGAGGAACUAAAUAGUCAAGUUGGUAGAAAAACUGCAAAUGGACAAAAUGAAUUAUUGGAAUAUCUCAAGUCUCUUGAGCCCCAAAAUCUGAAGGAUUUGACAAGUAGUGCUGGAGAGGAUGUUGUUCUUGCAAUGAACACGUUCAUCAAGCGCCUUCUGGCUGUUUCAGGUCCCGACCAGAUGAAGACAUCUGUAACAGAGACUAGUGCACCAGAGCUUGCCAAGCUGCUUUAUUGGCUAAUGGUGGUUGGGUAUAGCGUUCGUAACAUUGAAGUCCGUUUUGACAUGGAGCGAGUACUCGGGGUACCUCCAAAGCUUGCAGAGUUACCUCCUGGAGAAAAUGUUUAAUCAGUUGCCUGGGUGUGCUAAUGACCUGUAUUAACCAGGCAGGAGGAUAGUGGUUGAUCUUCAUACUUGAUUGCCCAUGUGGCAGAUAUUGCGGUUGAGUUGAUAUCUUGAAGCAAGCUCUCAAUGCAACACUGAAUUUUUGCAACAACACGACUGUUUCCCAUGGCAUUCUGAACUUAUUGACGAUCUUCUGAUCAAAUACUUGUUACCAAACAGAUUUUGAGUUAAAUGUGUCCUGAUUUAUGAUUAAAA